AUGGAAGGUCAUGCUCGCAAAGAGCCAGAUGCCAACGUCACGGAUGAAGAAAAAGGCUUCCCUGGACCUGUGAAAGAGACUGAUGUGGAGACUGCCCAGUCAUGGUCUUUGAAGAAGUUUGCAUCAUUGGGAGUGGAGACUGGAGGAAUCGUUCCUAUACCAGUGACUGAGCGGACGAACACGAGGGUGCAUGGUAUCUUCACGCUUUGGCUUACCAUGAGUGUCAAUCUACUACCAAUUGUGACCGGUAUGACUGGACCACUAGGCUAUGGACUUGGGCUCAGAGACUGCUCCUUGAUCAUUCUUUUCUUCAGUAUUCUAUGUACGAUCCCAGUGGGAUACCUGGCAACACUAGGACCCAAGACUGGUAUGCGACAAAUGAUUCAGGCAAGAUUCUCAUUCGGCUACUAUCUGGUCUCAGUACCUGUGAUACUCAAUCUUGCAACUCUCACGGGCUUCUGCGUUAUUGAUAGUGUUAUCGGCGGUCAAUCUCUUUCUGCUAUCACGCACGGCCAUCUCUCGCCUGAUGUCGGUAUUGUCGUCAUUGCCAUUCUGGCCAUGCUGGUCUGCUUCUGCGGCUUCAAGAUCUUACAUCGCUACGAACGCUUCGCCUGGAUCCCGGCUUUGAUCGCCAUCGUCAUCGCCACUGGAACUGGUGGUAAGCACUUGAGCAACCAGGCUGUCUUCGAGACCCCCGAAGCUUCCACGGUUCUCUCUUUCUCAGCACUCAUCGCCGGUUUCCUGAUUCCGUGGGCAGCAUUGGCUGGAGACUUUGCUGUCUACAUGGUGCCAGAAGCCUCCAGUGCUAAGGUCUUUGCUUACACCUACGGCGGAUUGUUCUUGCCUACGGUGCCUCUGAUGGUGCUCGGUGCUGCAAUUGGUGGUGCAUGCCCCAAUGUGCCGUCCUGGCAAGCCGGAUACGACUCAACAUCUGUGGGAGGUGUACUAGCCGCUAUGCUUGAGCCCGCUGGUGGAUUUGGUAAGUUCGUCGUUGUUCUGCUCGCCUUCUCACUGCUCGGCAAUAUUGCAGCGACCAUGUACAGCAUCACGCUCAACUUCCAACUUCUGCUGCCAUGGAUGGUCAGAGUCCCUCGCUUUCUCUUCGCUAUCGUCAUCACAGCCAUUGUGAUCCCGGUGGCUAUCCGUGCUGCGACGAGCUUCUUCGACAAUCUCGAAAACUUCAUCGGAGUGAUCGGAUAUUGGGCUUCGGCCUUCGUGGCAGUCGUCGUUAUCGAGCAUGCUUGGUUCAGAAAGUCGGAUUGCUCGGCUUAUGACCACGAGAAGUGGGACAAAUCCAACAAGCUCCCGAGCGGUAUUGCUGCAUUAGGAGCUAGCGUUCUUUCUUUUGCUUUGGUGAUACCUUCGAUGGCGCAGGUAUGGUAUACGGGACCUAUUGCGAAGACGACUGGCGAUAUCGGCUUCGAGUUGGCUUUUGUGGUUACUGGACUACUCUAUGUACCGCUCAGAUACUUGGAGAUCAAGAUCCAGAAGCGAGUAUAG